AAAGCAUGAAAUGAUGUCAUCACUGUAUAGCGGAAGGUGGCAGAGUUGGCCUAAGAAAAACGCAUAGUCGAAGCAAAUGUCAGAUUAUGAUAGUGACGAUCUAUCUGCCUGUGAGACAACACGUUUGAUAGACCCAGGAAUGGCAGUAUCUAAUAUCUCGGACUCUGAACCGGAAUAUUGUUUAACUGUGGAAGAAGAUUUCCAUUAUCGACGUCAAGGUGUUCCACAGUUACUAGAACAGGAUGAUUUGAUACCUCCAAGGCAAGAAGAUGGAACAAGAAAUCGUCAUAGAAGAUUCAGAGAUAAUGAACAAGAUGGUGAUGAAGGUAGCAGUGUAAGAAAAGUAGAAAAUCGAGAGGCACACAAUGAAAACAACAGAGAUGAAAGGGGAGAUGGACGGCCAUUAGAUGAAGAUGUAGAGGAAUUACAUUAUGGUGCAAAGAGUGUUCUUAUGCUCAUCACUCCAGUCUCUGUUUGCCUUCUUGUGGUUGUUGCAACAAUAUCAUCUGUUACUUACUAUACAACAAAUUAUGAGCGGACAUACUUAAUCUACACACCAUUUAGAGAAGAAAACACCAGCAGUUCAGGAGAGCGUGCUGGAUUUGCCCUUCUGAAUGCAUUGAUUGUCAUUGGUGUUGUCUUGGUGAUGACAAUAUUUCUUGUCAUUCUUUACAAAUUCAGGUGUUACAAGAUAAUCAACGGAUGGCUGAUCAUGUCAUCUUUGAUGCUGCUCUUUAUUUUCAAUUAUGUUUAUUUCCAAGAGCUACUCAAACUGUAUAACAUUGCAAUGGAUUACAUGACAAUGGCUCUUUUCAUUUGGAACUUUGGAGUUGUUGGCAUGAUAUGCAUUCACUGGAAAGGGCCUUUAAGGCUACAGCAGAUGUACCUGAUUUUGAUUAGUGCAUUAUUGGCACUGGUUUUCAUAAAGUAUUUGCCAGAGUGGACACUUUGGUUUAUUCUUGGUGCAAUUUCUCUCUACGAUUUAUUUGCUGUUAUCUGUCCACACGGCCCACUCAACAUGCUUGUGAACCUUGCUCAAGAGCGAAAUGAGCCACUGUUUCCUGCAUUGAUUUACUCAUCUACUAUGAUGUGGAUUGUAGGAAUGGCUGACAGAGAUGUUGAAAGAGACGCGAAUGUAAAUGGAGGCAAUGAAUUGCAUGGGAACGCCGCAAGGGCGCUUAAUGGUGACGGAGAAGCUGCUCAUCGACCACGACCUGAAUACCAACCACAAGAUGAAGAAGAAAGAGGAGUAAAACUUGGACUUGGCGAUUUCAUUUUCUACAGUGUGCUCGUGGGAAAAGCAUCAUCAUACGGAGACUGGAAUACGACAAUUGCUUGCUUCGUUGCAAUUUUGAUCGGCCUAUGUUUGACACUCUUGUUGUUGGCGAUCUACAGAAAAGCGCUACCUGCCCUUCCGAUAUCAAUCACAUUUGGUCUCAUCUUUUAUUUUGCUACCAGAACCAUAGUCAAACCAUUCACGGAUACCCUGGCUAGUGAACAAAUUUUCUUAUAGUUAGCGUACUAUACUUUGUUUCUUCUGUGAUUGUAUAAAUUGACUUUUCCUAAUUUAAAGUAUGUUUACGUUGUCUUUACGAAUAUAAAAUUGAUAUGCUAUUGUCUCUUUUAUUCUGAUGGAUGGUUCAAUCUGACGAGCUUUGAUCCUUUGAUAUCGAAAAACAAUGUUGAAAUACGUUUUCAUCUUCCAUGCAUAGCAAAUUCUGUGACAUUUGAGUGUUAAGACCUGUCACUUGCAAUUUAAUUGUCGUCAGUUAUAAAAAUAUUUCUUGUAUAGUUAGAUUGGUGUUAGUUUUUUUAAUUUUCCAACAAAUUACAACAAUAAAGCGAAAUUUCUAAAAUUUCUCGACACAUGGGACCCUGCGUCAACUUUAGCGAGUUCUAGAUAAUAGGCCUGUAAAUCAAUAUGGAAUGAAUUUUCAUGUUUUGAUCUCCCCCGCAGUCAGCACUCUUGGCGUCAAAAAUUUUUUGGACGUUUUCCACACACCCUAGUAAUUUGCUACUCACUUCCCACCUGCGUAGUCCGAUCUCGUUUCAGCGUUUUUUAUACUGUAGCCAUACUUAAAGAAGUAAUGAUUUUUCUUUAUAAUGACCAUAUGUUAAUAUCUCAAAAAAAUUAUGUAGAUACCACUUUAAA